GUGUGAUACUCUUUCUACAACUCUACGACUGAUUGUGUUAUGAGAACCAACUCACCAGGAUAUAAAAACUCCCAAGAACAACCAGUUUUGAACUCAUGUCCUCCAUAGGAGCUGCAAUGAAUUAAAGGGAGUUAAAGACAAAUCCUUUGGUUUUGUUCCGGAAGUUUACAAAGCAGUCAGCCAUGAUUGCUAUAAGAACCAAAGGGAGCUUUGUCAAAUGUGAUACCCUUUAUUUGUACUAGCAUCCAACUCUAAUAAAGAAAGGAAGAAAGAACUUGUGAGAGUUGCAGAAACUUUGCCAAAUUUAUAACAAUUAUUAGAAAUAUUUAUUAUAAUUAUUGUUGUUGUAAUUGUUAAUGAUAUUACUAAUAUUUGUAAUUCAUGUGUUAUUCCAGGAAUAUAUCAAUAUUUUUCUGAUGGUCAAAUUUUUUGAAGCAUUUGAAGAAAAGACAGGCAUUAUUACCACAACAAAAGCAAAAUAACACAAUAAUGAGAUUUUAAUCAAAGAUGAUUAUAUUUUUAUUUUAGUUUUUAUUUCUGUUAUUAUUUAUAUUAUUGUUAUUGAUGUUGUUGUUGUCAACAUUUGCAAGAAAUAUUCUCCAAUCUUUUACUUAUUCUUCUCAUUAAUUCUUGAAAAAAAUCAUAAAGAAACUCAGUACUCAAGAGAAGGAAAAUAAGUAUUAAAAAGUACAGGAAUAUAACUAACAGUGAAAUUAAAAUUGCCAGAAAACAAAGAAAGAAAGACUCCCUAGAAUUUAUUUUAACAUCAGAGGAUAAUCUACAAGAGUGGUAUUUGUCACACUUAGUGUGACUCAACAUGAACAUCUUUGAAUCUAUGAUAUCUGUCCGAUACUUGAUUGCUUCAGUCUUAUGUGCCACAUGUUGUUCAAUGCCACAUCUUGUCGACCUAAUCACAGGAGCUGAACACAAGCACCACGGUUCCACUACACAGAGUUCAAACAACAACAGUGGAGCAAGUUCCAACAACGAACACAGUCACAAGUCCUUCUCCUCACCGUCCACCUCUCAAGAGACUCAUCAACAGUCAAAACAAUAUUCAGAGACUAUUUACCAUCACUAUGCCAAAAUUGGCCGAUCACUGGAUAGACAACCUCAACAGCUAAAAAUUGGCGCCUUAACGGAUACACUGUCAAACAACCAGCAAACUGAUAACAGAACAAUGACAAACAUAAACCUGUCUUCCAUGCCAUUUUCAUCUUCAUCAAACAUGUCUGUCAACAAAACAAUAGUCAAUGUAUUGGGUUCGAUAUCUGUCAACAACAGCAAUGCCACUCAAGUUGAUGAGGACUUGCCGGUAGCGUCCGUGUCACCCCCGGAAGACAUCGUCGUACACAAAGACUUACCCCUUCCUUUGCUCAUUGCCAGCCCCGUGGCAGCAGUGAGCAUUAUCAUUUUCGUGUGCAUCGCCUACUACUGCCACUCAUCGCAGUUGGACGCACGUGCACGACAAUUAGCUCUGAAGUACGCUGUCAUCUCAACAGAGCCACCAGUCUGCAGCCGAGGGGUGCCAUCCACUUCCAGUGUCGACAUGGACCUCAUCAGAAAGCCCUCAUUACGACCAAGUACUAGUAGGACUUCAACUCCUAACCAGACCCCAGAUGGUUCAAAACGAGGCAGCAUCAACUGGGUUGCUAUUGGUGACCAGGAAGUCAUAACUUAUACAGCAGCACGACGACAUUCCACAUUCAUUCUAUAAACACUUUCUCUUAUAUCAUCACCAUCAUCAUCAUCAUCAUCAUAGUCAUCAUCAUCAACAUCAUCAUCAUUAUCAUCAUAAUUAUUAUAAUCUAUUACCCUAAGUGAAUGCAGACGGCCAAAACAAUAGUAUAUCACAAUAAUUGCAUAAAUGUUUAAUUUCCCCCUUGGUUUUCCCUUUAAAUUUGUAACAGGGUCAAUUCUAACUGUAUUUUCCAGUACACCAGUAUCAAUAAACUAAAUACUUCUCCUACCCUUUAAAUAUGUGGCCUUGGGCAAAUGUGAAAAAUCAUCAGCAUCAGCACCAUCAUAAUCAUCAUCAUCAUCAUGUUGUUCUUGUUGUUAAUAUUAUUAUUAUUAUUAUUAUUAAUAUUAUUAUUAUUAUU